AUGUUUUCUCCACGGACACCAGCGGCAAGAGGGAGACCUUCCCCGUACACACAUUCUCACUCUCGGAGUUUGAGAGUUUCUAGCACGACACCCCGACGAAAUUUAAGGAAUCAGACUAAUUUAGCAAGCCAUUCCUUCCAUGCUUCCCAGCUUGUUGAAGAAACGUCACAACACAGGAUAGAAGCCUUUGGAGCUCCUUUACCCGUUCUCAUUACGGAAGCCCUGAAUUUAUCAGAUAGAAGCACAACAGAGAUCACUGCAUGUAUAGACCCCUCAGGCUGGGCCUGGCUGGUGGGUGGUCGCAAGUUGUUUGUGUGGAGGUACAAGUCCUCUGGGGGAUCCAGGACAGUACAAUGUAAGGAGCUGAUGCUGCCACCCAGUGACCUGGCCCACAGUGCCGAAAGAGUCUGUGUGAUCCCCAGUGAGAAUGAUGGCCAGCCUGCAGCCUGUGUGGCUGUGUCUCCGGAAGGUAUUGUGAGGUACUGGCCCAAUAUUGCCUUCGAGUCAUCAACAGCUGAGAUCAGUGCUGAACUGAGAGGGGAAGAAUGUGCCAAGGUCAUCAAUUUUCAGCCUCAUGGAUGUCUUCUUGCAACAACCACCAGCUCAUUACUUCUACUGGAGCCUGUGGCAGGGCAGGUCAGCAUACACUGCAAGCCACUCAGGGCCUCCCAGGGCCUGUUUUCAGGCCUCAGCAAAAGAAUGUCAUCUUUCAUUUUCGGAGCCUCGCCGUUGCAGACAAAUGGAGCUCCUCUUCAGACAAUCCUGGCAGCUCCCGUAGAUGAAUAUGAUGAUGAUGAAGAGGAGGAAGACAGACGAUCCUUUUACGUCCUAUCUGGCAACAACCUGAGCAAAUGGCAGGUCCCCAGUAUAGGACCUGAGAAGCUUCUGUACCAAAUAGAUGCCGAGCGCAUGUUCCGUGAAUCAUUAGCCAGGAAAGUGUGGGAACAAGAUUCCAUCCAGUUGCCCCAGCUGAAGAUCUGGCUUCUUGAUCUUCAGCUCACCAGGGAGGGUGUUGUCAUGCUUGGAGCUGGAGUCAACCUGGAGGCGGCUCAGGUGGUUUAUUAUGCCUUAGCUUACUUUGAAACCUACGAUGAUGCACACCCAGUAAAUGUUAGUGAUCUCGUUCUGUUGGAUUAUACACAGAAAUACACAGAGGAAGCAGAAGAUCAUCUUAUUGAGUACAAGCUGCUGCUGCCAUCUGAAAAUUCCAAUGUGGUGUUUAUUUACAGUGCCAACUCUCUCCUUAUGCUUCAGGACAACACUGCAUUAGACAAGAUGGACUUCAAGACAGCAGGGGACUGUAUUCUGGGUGCAGGGAGAUCCGAUGGCAUGGCCGUGUUCUUUUCAAACAGCCAUGGUAUUUUUAGUGUAUCAUUGCCAGCCACGGAUGCCAGUGUCUUGGAUGAAUCAAACAAUCAGACACAUUUCUUGUCAAGGAAUGAGCUGUCAGGUAUGGUGGCCAAUAUGUCAAGGAUGUCAGAACUAACGGAAAGUGACGACAGCAAGACCAAGCUGAAGGCAGCAUUCAUAGCUUCAAUCAGUGGUGACCAGGGUGAGGCUCUCAGCUUAGUUGAAGAGCUGCUGCUGCUGGCUAGACACGAUGCAGAUGGCCAGGGUUCGGAGCUGGACACGGUUGUUGCUGAGGUCAGCAAGGAUCUCAUUGAUGACUACCCGAAUGCUGACCCUAGAUGGGCAGAGUCCAACCGACAAGAUUCUACAAGCAACACAGCAUCUGUUAUCAUUACCCAACAGCUGAAGGAUAAGGAAAAGGCCCAUGACUUCUUCGUUGGCUUCUUAAAGAAAUAUGGCUUGUGGGAAAAGCUGAGUGUGGUAGCCAUUAGAGAUUCAGUGAUGCCAACCCGACUUCUGCUGUGUGAGCACGUGGAGAAACUACAGGCUGCUCUGGCACUCCGAGAGUUGCAUGCUGAGCAUCACAAAAUUGUUGACACCUGCAUCAACAAGGCACUGAAGCAGAGGAAAGUGGUUGUCCCAGCUUCCCUUACCCCUCAAGACAUGUUUUACAGAGAGGUUUCCAAAAUUCAUGACAUCAUCGAAUUCCUGCUGGCCUGGGAGAAGGAUUUCCUGGCAUCGGAUCAGCCGAGUGCUGGGGUCGUCAACACUGUGUUGUCUGUUAAUGCCAUCCUGGAGUCCAUGCUGCAUGGUGCACUAAGGUACAGACAAACACAUGCAGACUUGUAUGCGGGCAACAAUGAGAACAUACCAGAAUACAUUCCCUGGUCGGCCACCAACAGUAUGAGAAAAUGUAUCGUAGAACAGAUUGGCAUCAGCCUCCAGAAAGGUGUGGCCGAGUCUCGUGAGGUAGAUGUCCAGGGCACUCUGUUUCAGAACAUUGUAGGACUUGCAGACAUUGUCAUGGAUGGUUAUGCCAGUCAGUUGAAAUCCUUGCAGUGUCAUCCCGAGCGGACUGAGGACUAUUCAAAACUGGAGCGGGAGUUUGAGAGGGAAAGACAUAAGAUCAUUGCGUCUCUUC